AUGAAUUCCUUAAAAUUAGAGGAUUGUGAAUCAUACAAUAAAUUACUGUCAUUAAAACCUUCAUUACUUAACCUCAACUUGACAACCCUGUUAUCGGAUCACGAACGAUGUGAUAAACUCAUAAAAGAAUGGAACGGUGUUACCUUAGAUUUAUCUAGGGAGUUGUUGACAGAAGAAUCUCUGAAAUUGUUAAUCUCUCUAUCCAGAGAGUUAAAAGUGAAGGAAAAAUGCUCAGGCUUAUUUACCGGAGAGAUAUUAAACACCUCAGAGGAAAGACCUGUCCUUCAUACAUAUCUACGAAUGCCAAGAAGUGAAAAUUUGGUGGUUUCAGGGCAGAAUGUGUCCAAAGAUGUUCAUGACGUUUUGGACCGCAUCAAAGAAUUCUCACAAAAAGUUAGGUCCGGAAAAAUUGUCGCCUCGGAUGGAAAACCGUUUGAUACAGUCUUGUGUAUCGGAAUCGGAGGCUCUUACCUUGGAACACUAUUCACAACCGAAGCAUUCAUGUCGUAUGGACCAGCAAGAGAAGCCAGCAAGAACUUCAAAAUCAGAUUCCUAUCUAAUGUUGAUCCAUCAUCAUUGAGGUCAAUAACUAGUGAAUUGGACCCAAACAGAUCACUGGUUAUUAUAACGAGUAAAACAUUCACAACCAUGGAAACAAUUAAAAAUUCAUACUCAGUCAGGCAAUGGUUACUGGAUAACAUUGCGAACAAAGACUUAUUGAAUAAACACCUGUAUGCAAUCACUACUAAUGUGGAACUGGCUUGUAAAUUCGGUCUUCACUCAACCAAUAUUUUCCCCUUCUGGGACUGGGUGGGAGGUAGAUUUAGUGUGUGCAGCUCAGUAGGUUUGUUACCUCUGAGUAUUGUGUUCGGGUACGAGAUUGUCGAUUUGUUCCUUUCUGGCUGCCGGGACAUGGACCUCCACUUUAAAAAUGAGCCUGAGGAGACCAACUUACCCUUUCUCAUGGGACUCACGAGUUUUUACAACUCUACGGUCCUAGGCUUCAACUCAGUGGCCUUGCUCCCAUACAGCCAGGAUUUAUCUAAAUUUCCACUCUACGCACAGCAGCUGCUGAUGGAGAGUAACGGCAAAUCUGUCUCGAAAACGGGGGAAGUUUUAAAGUAUGAAACGUCGGAAAUUUACUUUGGAGAGUCAGGAACAAACGGCCAGCACAGCUUUUACCAAUUAUUGCAUCAAGGUAGAACUGUACCUUCAGAAUUCAUUGGAUACAUCAACACACACAACGAAGAUAACAAAUUAUACGGCAACGUGACACACCACGUGGAACUAAUCUGUAAUUUAUUCGGCCAGUUGGACGGACUAGCGUUCGGGAAAUCCUACGAAAGCUUAAUUAAGGAAGGAGUUACCGAGGAGCAGGCAAAGUUCAAAGUUUGCAGAGGAAACCGUCCUUCACUGCUAGUGUUGUUCAAUGAGCUGAGCCCAUAUUCACUGGGGCAAUUGUUGUCAUUGUACGAGCACAGAACCGUAGUUCAAGGGUUACUGUGGAACAUUAAUUCAUUUGAUCAAAUGGGAGUUGAGCUGGGAAAACAACUGGCUUCAAACCUUAGGUCCCUUUUCAAGGACAAUGUAGUGGAUUUCAAAAAACAUGAAAAGCUUGGAACGCUAAGCUACUCAUCAAUCAAGUUGUUACAAGAGUUUAACACUAAAUAUAAUAACACGUAUUAUUCUUGA